UCUUCCAGCCCAGGGCAGAACUUGAUAGGACAUUCCGUUUGAAAUAGAGAUCAUCCGGGAGACGGUCGCAGACGUGGCAUUAUGUGACGUCAUCAGAGUGGGUCGGUGGGUCGUUGAUGGCUGCAGAGAGUCGCGUCAGUGCAGCUAGCAGCUAUAAUCAGGUUUGAAUUGAAGGAAUAGGGUAUAAUAGAGAAGAUGAUGGAAGAGAGUGGGAUUGAGACUACACCUCCUGCCAGUCCUACACCUCCUCUGACUGUGGCUGCCCCAGUCUACGCCCCACCGAUGACCAUAGGUUUGUCCAGCCCUCUCUCCCUCCCAGGCGUCGGCUCCAUCUCCAUUGGAUCCACCUCAGUCUCCACCACUCUCCCUCCUUCCUUCCCUCCCUUCAGCAGCCCGAUGACUGCACCCCCCUCACUCUCCUCCCAGUUUCCCCCUCCCUCCACACUCACCUCACCCUUCCCUAGUCACUCACCCUUCCCUCCCUCGACCUCCCCCUAUAUGCCCCCUAUGGCCUCCCCCAUCAGACCACUUCAUCCCUCAGCUCCAGGUGUGUCAGCCCCUCCCGUAGGUCCCCCCAUAUCUAGCUUCUCCAUGAGUGCAGGAUAUGAUAUCACACGCGGUCAUGCUGGUCGAACACCACAGACACCGUUGAUGCCAACUUUCUCAGGUCCUACUACCAUGCCUGGUGUCGUAUCCAAUGCCAUGGUUCAGCAGCCAGCCAUGACAGGGGGACUAAAUACUGGAUCUCCAAUAACUUUUCCAGAGGAGCAGGAAGAUCCCAGAGUUUCUGCAGACAUAAGCACUGGUGGGGGCAUCUGGGGCUUCAUCAAGGGAGUAGCAGGCAACACUGUAGUAAAAUCAGUCUUGGACAAAACCAAACACUCUGUGGAGUCCAUGAUUACCACUCUGGAUCCAGGCAUGGCUCCAUACAUCAAGUCUGGUGGGGACAUUGAUAUUGUGGUGACUUCAGAUAAGGAAAUUAAUGUAGAGGCAGUCAGAGAUGCCUUCCAGGAAGUUUUUGGAAUGGCCAUGGUCACUGGAGAGCCCGGUCAGUCCAACAUUGCCCCACAGCCAGUGGGCUAUGCAGCCGGUGUCAAGGGGGCUCAGGAGCGAAUCGACAGCCUACGUCGUGCUGGUGUGAUCCAUGAAAAACAGCCAGUGGUCUCAUUGGAAAGCUUCAUCGCUGAACUCUUUCCUGACAAGUGGUUCGAUGUUGGCUGUAUGAUCUUGGAGGACCCCAGUUACAGCAUCCGCAUUGAGGUCUUCACUCAGGCAACACCUCUGGCUCUAGCUCAUAUCCAACAGGCUCAGUCUCUGACUCCUCCUGACUACAGUCUGCGCUGGUCAGGUUUGAUUGUUCCGGUGGGCGAGGUCCUGGAGCGAAGCUUGCCCAACAUCAACAGAACAGACUGGCAUCAGGCUAUGACGGGUAUGACCCAAAGCCAGAUGAUCCGUAGUGCUGCUAAAGCUCUUGCUGGAAUCUACAAACAGCAGUUGCCACCCAGGACUGUGUGAGGCUGAAUGAUUCAACUAUUUGUCACAAACUGGAAGAUAGAUGAAGUCCGCUGGGACAGCUAGCUGAUGGGACAGUGAGGUUCCUUGUGUCUCCCCAUCAGUCUCCCAUCUGUCCUGGGUAAAACCAAAUGCACAUUUAAAGUCAUUAAUGUGUGUGCGAAAACAUGUUUAUUGACAUUCCAGCAAGUCACCUGAGUUUUGUGAAAAACUCCAUCAUAUCAUUUCUUUCUUGCCAACUCAGAAUCUAUAGAUAACUUCAUUAUUAACUGAUCAUUUCUUCAUCUCCCUGAGAGAUUUUUACACAUGUAUAUUCAUAUCAACAACCUUAACUGAAAAUGUGGCCAUAUGUAGUUUUCUUGUUUUGUUUAGAAUUGCUUAACAUUAUUGUAGAGACUGUUACAUAGACUGUGUCCCAAUUGUAUUCUAUGUACUAGAGACCUAAAGUUCUUCAAAAGAUACUUGAACCUUAUUUGCCUGAAAUUAUUUAAAAAAAACAGAGACUCCGAGAAACCCAGAGUGAGAGAGAGACCACCACCAACGUUUUGACCUGAAACAUUUGGAAAAACAUAAGCCUGCCUGACCCCAUUUGAUUGAAUUAUAUAAUGUGGACCUUACAGAUAAAGCCUUUAUGUCAGUUGAUUUUAUGCCUUAGUGAUGUAUAUUCCAAUAUAUCUUUAAUGACCAUUAAUCAAUUACCAUGGAACACAGGUUUCAGGAGACCUAAGACAGUUUCCCAUAAAACUGAUGAAAGCACUGGAUCACUAUCAAGCGAUUGUGCUAUAAAUGGUUCAUUGUUUUUGAAGCAUUUGAUGCAGUACUCCUUCUGUAUGAAACGGUUGGUCUAAUCAAGGUUGUGAUGAAAGAAGGAAUAAGAAUAGAAAGAAACCGUAGCAUCACUUGUAAUGAUCCUUUGACUGAAGUCUUCAUUGCUUGUUACAUGAUUCACCCCGUUAAUAACAACUCCUCACUCUAAAGUCACGGAAGUUCAGUCAUUGUGUGUGUCUUCUUAUACAUACUUAACCGAGUCCAUUUUACAAAGUAGUGCACAAAAGUUAUUUAGAAUCAGUAUGUAGUUUGCAAUUGGGAAACAACUAGAAUGGUCUGAUGCUUCAUAUGAUGUCAUUCUGUUUUAGAUAUGUGAAGGGGAAAAAAGCAUAGUAUCACACACGCAUUCAUAUUGAUUCUUGCUUGUUUUACUGCAAAAUAUUUGCCUGCCAUAACUGUUGAGCUGUCUGUAUUCAUUUAGAAAAAAGCACAUUCUGACCACGGACUUGUAGUGGCAGGGAUGCAAACUUGCCACCUUUCGGUAAAAACUGCAGUGUCCAAUAUAAGUUUUGGAAAUAGGGGAAUAGUGGCUGUAUUGACUGCACACAUGCCUGAUGUUAAAACGGUAUUACUGUAGCAUUAUAAUAUUUAAUUGGCUUACAUGACUAUAAGUCUGUUAAUUAGCAAGGUAGAGUUGUUUUGAUGUAGCUAAUGUUUGCCAUCUAACUCUGUUUGUAAUCUUAAUUGUUGAAGUAUAAUAUUAAUUCACAUACUUGUUAUCCCAAAAUAGACUGGUAUGACUUCACUCAUAUUAGGGCUAACAAUAAGUAAUAAUGCCAUUUUAUCUUUGAAUUGUAACAUAAGCUGAGCUCUUAAACCAAAGUGCCAACUUAAAGCUAUGGUAUAGGUAAAGUUGUUGUUCCAGCAUUUGCAGCAACUGCCAAAGCAAACUAAAAAGGAAGACUGCAUUUAUUUUUAAACAGUCUGAAAGAAAGUGUGACGAUGAACGCAAUCAACUGCCAAGAAAAUAAUAGCGAGGCUAAGAUUGUCAUUACCACAAUGUAAUUAAACUAGUCGCUUUUAGAUUUGUUUUUUAAUGUGAGAUUAAAUAAUGAGAACAAUGCAGGCUUUCCACCGAAAUGGACCUAUGAUACCUCACAUACGUGUGAGCAUUUGUUAUAGUAGCAUUAUUCUCGUCACUUGAGAACGGUCAAAUGCCAAGCUCACUGAAAACAACAGAAGCUGAAUUGAAAUUACCAUGUGAAUGAUUUUCUUUAAGUUGUAGUUGUUGUGAAAUCAAUUGAUCAAUUUCGUAUUUACACACUGUCUUUUAAUAACCCUUCUUUUAUAGGCCCUCUGUGCAUCAUCAGCCCUGUUGGUAUUAACAUCGAUUUCUGGUGAUCAGAUCACAAGUGGUCAACUCUAAGUUCAGGUGGAAAUAGACCCAAGACCCAUUGAGGCUGCAUUUGAAAUCCAAUCACUCAAACACAUUGGGGAGUGGAACACAUGUGGCCCCAUUAUUUUAUCCAAGUUAACACAAAUGUGUCCUGGACCUCAUUGAAGGUCCUUUGAACCAAGAGUGUGUUACACUUCUAGACUUGCUGGAAUCAUAAUUUGGUAUUUUUGAACAGAUAUGAUGUAAGUGUGAUCUGAACACAAGGGUUCAAACGUUAAUACCAUGUGUAAACAACGCCAUCAUCACUGUUUUCACUGCUUAUGAGUUUGCAUCCCUUCUAUCACUACCUUGGGAUUUGAUCAUAAGGUACCAUUUAUUUUCUACUGCUUCAGGCAUUUGGACACUGACAGAAAUGGAAGUGACACAUAUUGUCUGCAUAAUGUCAUUGUGUUUGUUUGGAAAGAGCAUCCUUCUCUCUACUUUGUGUCCUCUAAAUGUUCCUUUUUACAUACAUAAAAUAAAUGUAUUUUUACCUGUU